AUGCCGCUCGACGAGAACUUCCCGACCUACCAGUUCGCCAUCCCUGACGCGACGAACCAGCCCACAAUUACCACCGUCCACUUCACCAUCUCUGGCGCCGUCCCGCAGCACCUCUACACCCUGACCCGCUUCCUGCAACCAGCGAAUUCCUACAGCAUCUCGCUGACCGACGCCCCGUUCCCGGACAUAACCUACGGCUCGCUGUCUCUCCCGCUUCUCCCGAGCACCGUCAACCCCAAUGAACUCCAGCGCCCCUCCUCGUUCACUCUCCAGCUCUACUCCCCGGACUCCACCGUGACGAUCACCCAGAAACACACCGCCCUGACGCGCAACAACUUCUGGGAAUUCACACUGCCCAAGUCCUCGUUCCUGCCACCGACGCAGUCGGCGCUGGACGCCUCGUACCGCCCGCCGGUGUCGGAGACACUCACGUUCCGGUGGCGCAAGGAGGGGAUCAACAUGCUUACGCGCAGCCAGCUGAAGUGCUCUCUGGUCUCCGGCGGGGACGAGCCGGACACGGUGCUAGCGAUGUACAGCGGUGUCGGCGACAAGAACGGCAAGGGCGAGCUGGUGGUGUACGAGAGCAAUUUCCGGCGCGUGGAGAUGCAGGAUCUCAAGGGGCUGGAGAUGGUCCUGCUGCUGAGCUCCCGCGUCGUGGCCGACGUGUGGUUCAGCGGCUCGAGCGCUAUAUUCAACACUACACAACGCGUAGGCACGGGAAUGGGCGGACCCGCCCCGCCCCCGCCAGCGUACGAACCCCCGGCCGCCUCCUCCGCUGGCACGUUCGCCGAACGCUUCAACAGCCAGGUAUACCCGCCCGACAAACCCAAGGCCGCUCCCGUUUCACCCACCACCAGCCCAACACAACAGUCGGCGCCCAUGCAGCAGCCCGCUCCCAAGCCCCAGCCCGCCGAGAUGCCCACGCCCGCCCCAAGGCAACGACCCGCUGCACGGCAACCCCCCACCUCACCGGCACUAACCCAACGGCCCGCCGCGCGGCACCACCCAACAGCAAGACCACACACGACCGCGCGGCCCUUGCGGGCGCAACCCGCCUCGUCACAAGCGCCCGUGGAAGAAAAGAUCGUGCCAACGCUCGAGGACCUCACAGCGCGACAGCGGAUCGCCGACGAGCAAGCCGAGAUCCGGCGGAUGCUUGCGGACGAGGAGCGCGCGGCUGCGCACCGCCAGGCCGCUAUCGACGCCGAGACCGAGCGCCUCAAGCGGCUGUAUGAGCAGGAGGCGUUGGCGGAGGCGAGGGCGCGGCAGCAGCAGGGGCAGCAGCAACAGCAGGUGCAAAGACCGCAUACCCAGCCGGGGCAGGCGCCGAUGAGUCCGAGAAGGCCGCUGCAGCAGCAGAAUCUACAGCAGCAUAAUCUGCAGCAGCACCACAAACAGCAGUAUAUUCCCCCUCCACUUCCAAUUCCAAAUCCGAACCGUGUUCCGAACCCGAAACCGCAGGCGCUAAAGUAUUAUCCGUCGCAUAGAAACAGCAGUGGCAACAUCAACAACAGCAGGCCGCCGAUUGUCGGCGGCGCGGGCGGCUGGCAUUCCGCCCCGCCGCAGUCACAGCCGGGACUCAUCAAUGCCGGAGUCGUCCCCAGUAGUGGGAAGCGGCUCGAUGAUAAGAGCCGAAGGAAAAGUUUCUUUGGGUUGAAUUUUGGGGGUGGGGAGGCGGCGAGGGAGAAGGAGCGGGAGAAGGAGAGGGAGAAGGAGAGGGAAAGGGAGAAGGAGCGGGAGAAGGAUCGGGAAAAGGAAAGAGAAAAGGAGAGAGUGAAGGAGCGGGAACGGGAGAAGGAACGGGAGAAGGAGAGGGUGAAGGAGAGGGAGCGGGAAAAGGAGCGGGAAAAGGAAAGGCUGAAGGAGCUGGAGAAGGAGAAACAGAAGAAUAAGGGCAAGGGAAAACUUUCAAAGAAGGGGAGUCGGAUGUGGUAAAGACCUACUUGGAAUGGGUCGGGAGGAAUGGGAAUGGCGUUUUGGGGAGUUUGCGUUGCUUUUUAUACCUGGGUGCGUACGUUUUGGAGGGAGAUAACUAAGAUUGAAAUAGUUUGAUGAUGUGAUGAUGUGAUGAUCAUGGGGAAUAGGUACAUACACUUUGGACGGCGGGAAUGAAAGAGUACUUAGCGAUAGUAUCUACAUGUUUGCCGGGUGAUAUUCGCAACAAUAGAGGAGUGUUCUUGCAGUUUGCUUGCUCCACCGACUGGCGUUUUGUAUUCCAAACAAGUGUGGCGUUAGUGGCAGAGGAGGU